UGCUCCUCUGUCACUUCCUGAUUCCCGCUUCCUGCUUCCCAGAGACUGGGAUCCGGAGCCACCCGAGGACGGUGCUGCAGCCUCUCGGCGUCCCUGUCAUGUUUCGCAAAGUGGUCCGGCAGAGCAAAUUCCGACAUGUGUUUGGGCAGCCUGUCAAGAAUGACCAGUGCUAUGAGGACAUCCGAGUAUCCCGUGUCACCUGGGACAGCACCUUCUGCGCCGUCAACCCCAAGUUCCUGGCUGUGAUUGUGGAGGCCAGUGGGGGAGGCGCCUUCCUGGUGCUCCCCCUAAGCAAGACCGGUCGCAUUGACAAGGCCUACCCGACAGUGUGUGGACACACAGGACCUGUCCUGGACAUCGACUGGUGCCCCCACAAUGACGAAGUUAUCGCCAGCGGCUCGGAGGAUUGCACGGUCAUGGUGUGGCAGAUCCCGGAGAACGGGCUGGUCUCCCCGCUGACAGAGCCGGUGGUGGUGCUGGAGGGGCACACCAAGAGAGUGGGCAUCGUCACCUGGCACCCAACUGCCCGCAACGUGCUGCUAAGCGCAGGCUGCGACAACAUGGUGCUCAUCUGGAACGUGGGCACGGCGGAGGAGCUGUACCGCCUGGACAGCCUGCACCCCGACCUCAUCUACAACGUCAGCUGGAACCGCAAUGGCAGCCUCUUCUGCACCGCCUGCAAGGACAAGAGCGUGCGCGUCAUCGACCCCCGCCGGGGGACCCUGGUGGCGGAGCGGGAGAAGGCUCACGAGGGAGCCCGGCCCAUGCGGGCCAUCUUCCUGGCCGACGGCAAGGUGUUCACCACGGGCUUCAGCCGCAUGAGCGAGCGGCAGCUGGCGCUCUGGAACCCAGAAAACUUCGGGGAGCCCAUGGCCCUGCAAGAGUUGGACUCUAGCAACGGAGCUCUGUUACCCUUCUACGACCCUGAUACCAACGUGGUCUACGUCUGCGGCAAGGGCGACUCCAGCAUCCGGUACUUUGAGAUCACGGACGAGCCCCCCUACAUCCACUUCCUGAAUACAUUCACCAGCAAAGAGCCCCAGAGGGGCAUGGGGAGCAUGCCCAAGAGGGGCUUGGAGGUCAGCAAGUGUGAGAUUGCCCGGUUCUACAAACUGCACGAGCGCAAGUGUGAGCCCAUCGUCAUGACUGUGCCAAGAAAGUCGGACCUCUUUCAGGAUGAUCUGUAUCCAGACACGGCCGGGCCCGAGGCAGCCCUGGAGGCAGAGGAGUGGGUGAGCGGGCGGGACGCCAGCCCCAUCCUCAUCUCCCUGCGGGAGGCCUACGUGCCCAGUAAGCAGCGGGACCUGAAGGUCAACCGGCGCAACGUGUUGUCGGACAGCCGGCCCGCCGCGGCCCCUGGUACCCCCCGCCCGGGGCCCUCUGCACCUACGGCCUCCACCAACAUCGCCGCGCUCAGCGGCAGCCUCGCCGGAGCCGGGGAGGCUGGGAAGCUGGAGGAGGUGAUGCAGGAGCUGCAGACACUGAGAGCGCUGGUCCAGGAGCAGGGCGUGCGCAUCGGCCGCCUGGAGGAGCAGCUGGGCCGCAUAGAGAAUGGAGAUGCCUAGGUCCCCGGCCCGCGGACACUGCUCCCUGUCACCUCCUCCCCCACCCCCGUCUCACUCAGCCUCUGUCACACCGACUGCGGGCGGGCUGCCCCCCUGCCCCUGCUGAGGGCUUCUGGGGCAGGUUCAGGGGGGGCCCUCCCGCGGGCCCAGGCUGGAGCCACUGCCAGGCUUUGGGCUUUGGUCAGCGUUACUGUUGGAGGAUUUUUGUACCAAGGAGCACUUCUAUUGUGAGGGACCACCUCCCCCGCCUCCAGCCAGCCCUCCUGCUCCCUGCUCUGAGGAAGCAGGAGGGUUGGGCUCUAUAUUUUCAUUCCAAAUAAAAUGCUGUUUCUAAAAA